AUGGACAAAGAGCAACCGGGGGAGCAGAGGGGUACUCCCCAAGCUCCCCCGGAGAAAUCGCCUGGGUCCGAUCAGGCGUCCCUCCAGCAAGAGGACCCCAGCGAGCAGCCCUCCCUCUCGAGUCAGCCGACAGUGACCGAGCAUGCCGCUCCCUUCAGCCCCCGGGAAUUCUACCUGCGCAGCUCCGCGUUCCGCCGCUACCAGCGCCAGCGGCAGCCGCUCGCCAUUUCCAGCGGGGCCGGCACGUCGCGGUCGCUGCUGUUGACUUCGCCGCCCCUGCGGCGCUGGAGGCCGUGGGACCCGUCGGUGGCGCCCAAGCCCCCCAAGAAGCCCGAGUCCCCGCCGCCUAAGCUCUUGAAGCCCUUGGAGGGGCCGCGGGGCCGGCGGUACACGGGCAAACAGGAGCUGCUGUUCCUGCAGGAGUUCCCCGUGGGCCCCAAGAGGCACAGCAGCUCCAUCUCCAGUAUGGACAGCGACCUGACCAGCAUCCUCCUGCAGAGGCAAGUGCUCUCCCACUUUCCGCGCUGGUCCUCGACCCCCUCGGUGGAGCCCAUUGGGGACCGGAGCUUGUCCUUCCUCCGAACAGAGUCCCAGAUGGGCAGCUCGCAGGAACAUCGGCCUUCGGCCCGGGCAUCCAGCCUGGUGAUGCCCACGUCGGUGGAAGAGGUCAUCGCCUCCUUGCACUCCGAGGCCCAGCUGGCUGCUGACCGGCACUUCAAGGAGCUCGUUCGGAGCAUUCUGGGUCCCACCUGUGACUUGGAAUCAGAUGUAGAAGGGCUUUUGCUGGCAACUGUCUUGCCUCUUAUUGCUGACAUCCUGCUUCCUGUCUCUGCUGAGGUAGCUGGGUUUAUGUUAGGCAAACAGCAUGUGUCUGAAGAAAUGCAUGCUGCUCGAUCAAGUAGUUUCCAGAUUGAACCAGAGGAUAUACUAGACCUGGGUGUCUCAGAUACAGAAAGCAUGACAAAAUUUCAGGAAACUUUGGAAAUUGUGCCAGUAAGUGAAUUAAGCAAACCUUUGGAAAGUGAACCGCCUGCAGGUGAUUCAAAAGCAGCCAAGAGAAUCUUUUUAAAGAUUUCAAUAAUGCACUUAUGGAAGACUCCCAAUGAGGAUUUUGUAGAAAGAAUUAUGGUCAAAAUUCCAGGAGAAUACACUCUUCCUACCCUUCAUGCACUGUGUAGAACUGUCCCAACCCAGCAUUUGCCCUUUAACUUGAGUUUGGCUUCUCGAAUAUAUCACACACCUAACAGGAAAGGCCAUAAUACUUUGGUUGGACAACUUGGAGCCUCUCUUUUUGAUAGCUCCCUUGAAGAGGACGACCAAAAAGAUAGCUUACUGUAUGGAAUUCGUAAUAUAGAAAGUGAAGAAGAAAAAACUGCUGUCCUUACAAUUUCACCAGUGCAACCACCUAAAAUGUCAAAGAGAACAAGAAAGUAUGCUCAUAAACCACAAUUACAACUCUUGGGAGAAGAAAUGUCUGCUUAUCCAGUACCUACAAAGUUUCUUUGGACUUCAGCAGCACCCAAAUUCUCUGUUCCAGUAUCUAUCAUUAAGGAUACCGUCUAUCCAAAAUAUGAGAGUGCUCAAGCAAGCAGAAUUUUACUUGAGAAAUUUUCCAUUUUUAAGAAGCAGCAUAUCAUUUCUUCACAUGCCCUUUCCAGGAAUAAUUUUUGGCAUUUUAUCCUAAAGAAAUCUGCAUCAUUUGAAAAUAUCCCAAAACAUUACAGAACUGAAUUCCCACAACUACAGAGAGCAAAAUCUGCAAUUAACUUAAGGAAGGAGGAGGAGACCACUGUUUCACUUAAUAUCAAGAAUGACAUGCAAAGCAAUAUAAAAGAGGUGUUACUUCAGAGAGCUAAGGAAUUGGAGCGUUAUAAAGCAAUACAGAUCGAAAGUGACAAAACCGUGAAAGAAAAUAUAGAUACCAUCUUAGAUCGCAUGCAGGAAAAACUCAAGACAAGAAAUUUGUCUGUAUCUCUAAUUGAAGCAUCUAGACAAGCUGGCAUUUCUUAUAUUGUUUAUCCCAGGAAAAUUAAAAAAAAGAUUACAAGUAUAAGAUUCAAUAAAACAGCAAUCGUGUUUGACGAAUUAACCAGGCCGCCAAAAAUACUUAAAAGAUCAACAUCUCAUGAUAUUCUUCCUGGACAGAAGAAAUUAUUGUUUAGAAUUCCAGUAUAUGAACGUCAAAUUCGGAGUCCCAGCCUACCAACUGUUUUAAAUUUUGAUGAAUUUGUCAAAAAGAAGGGAGGAAAGCCAAAGAUUCUUGGCCUUCGGUCAUGGAUUUUUAAGUUGUUCUCUAAAUAUAAAAUUCAGAAAGAAGUCCCCAAAAUAACUAAAAUAAUUCCUUCCAAAGAAUAUACUCCAGUAGUGAAAAAACUACCAAACUUGGAACUGAGUGAUUCUUUGGAGUCUGAUCUUUCUCCAGAGGUCAUUAAACACUAUACUUCUGAAGUAGAGCAACUGACUGAAGAAAUAAAUAAUAAGACAAAAUAUCUUGCAUUUUCGUAUUGUAGACGAGGAGCUAUUUAUAGGAAACUAGGAAAGUUACAAAGUGCCAUGAAUGAUCUAGAAGAAGCUAUACUCUUGGAACCAUUGUUUCUCAAUGCCUAUUGGCAUCGACAUUUCAUUUAUCUUUUCCAAGAUAAAGUUAAAGAAGCUUUGGAUGACUUAAAUUAUAUAAACAAACAUAAUAAGAAUAAUGCAGAGGUCUAUUUGUCUAAGGCAGAAAUUUUCAAAGCAAACAAUGAGAUUACUUUGGCAAUUCUAAACUAUACUCAGGCAAUUAAAUGCAAGCCCACAGACGCUGAUAUUUAUUUCAGGAGAGGUGAAUUGUAUGAAAUGGAAAACAGAGUGUUAGCCAUUGAUGAUUUUUCCAAGUGUAUCUUUUAUGAUUCCAAAAGAACUGAUGCAUUAAUGAAACGUGGGCUAUUUCACUUUGAAAAUGAAAUGUGGAUGCAAGCCACACAAGAUUUUACUGACUUGUUAAAUGUGAAUCCUCAAGAUUCUCAAGCAAGGACAUUCAGGGGGAGAGUAUAUUAUAAUCGGCACUUAUUUACUCAAGCAGCUGAAGAUUUUUCUUUUGCAAUUCACUUAGAUCCAAAUAACUGGUUAGCACUGUAUUAUAGAGCCUGUUUAUUUCGAAAGACAAACCCUUUGAGAGCACUACAAGAUUAUAGUGUUUCAGCUCUCAUAAAUGAUGGCUAUGAGAAUCUAAAUUGUUUUCUACAUCGGGGCAUACUCUAUGCAGAUCUACAUUUUUGGAUGCUGGCUAUCUGUGACUUUGAAACCAUUAUUUCUCUUGAAAGAACUUUUGUUGUGGCUUAUAUUAAUAUUGGUCUCAUAUAUUUGUUGCACCUGGAUAAUUACUUUGAAGCUAUUUGGAAUUUUUCUGAGGUCAUUAAAAUUGAUCCUUUACAUAUUCAGAGCUAUGUUUGUCGAGCAAAAGCCUAUGACAAGUUGCAUAGAUUGCCCAAGUCUGUAAAAGAGAUUACUCGUGCUAUCCACCUUCAGCCGGAUGAAGUUGAACUAUAUAUAAUAAGAGGACAAUAUCUUCUUAGGAUGAAAAAUUUGGAUCUUGCAAAGCUUACUAUUAAACAAGUAAUAGAAAUGAACACAGAUAUCCUAGAGUUAAGUCCCAUACAGCAAGCACUAGUUUAUUCAUUUUGUGACAAACAUGACAAGGCCAUUCAGGUAUUGGAUGGAAUUACUUUGCAGAAGCCUGAGAUAACUACAUAUACUUUAUUAGCAAAAACUCAAAUGAAGGCCAGGAGAAAUAAGGUGAAUGUCUUGUAACAUUUAAUGAACUAUUUUCCUCAUUCCAGUAAAGGACCAGAUGCCAUUGCAGCUUCAGCAGACUGUUUGUAUCAUUUGGGUAUUUGUUAUGUGGAAGAAGGCAAUUUUCAAAUGGUAUUUUUUAAUUUUACACAAGUUGUGAAAGCAAAACCUGAUUUCGCCGAAGGCUUUUAUCAACGUGGGCUUUGUAAAGUGAAACUCGGCAAGACUUUCCAAUUCUGGAUUUUUAAUCGUGCAAUUACUUUGGAUUCAAAUCAUUACCAGAUUAAAUUAAUUUCUAACAGGAAGAUAGAGAUACACUUACGAACUGUUCAGUACAUGGUGUUAAUGCUUUUAUGCAUAUUUAGUCGAGCAGCCUACUAUGGAAUGAAAGGAAGAUAUUCAAAAGCAAUUUUAAAUUGUAAUGAGGCCAUUAAAAUUUGUCCUCAGAGUGUGUUUCCCUAUAUCUACAGAGGAGUUCUGAAAUUCUACAACAGGACUUAUAAUUUAGCUAUUAUUGAUUUAACUAUAGCUAUAAGAAAGGAUGGCAAUAAUUAUAUAGCAAUUUAUAAUAGAGCAAUUUGUUACACCCCAGAUCAAGCAUUACUAGAUUAUGGAACCUGUCCCUUCUUCUUGAUGCUGGAGAAACCCGUACAAUUAAACACUUUCAUUAAUCGAGGGCGUGUCUACACAGAAUUAGGGCAGUACCAAUUUUUAAUACGUGAUUUUGCUUCUUUAUGCAAAAGACAGGAUGUGAACCUUUAUCAUGCCACUGCCAUGUGCCAUCACAGAGUUAAAGAAUUUGAAGAAGCUGUCAAUUUCUUCAACAAGACACAAUUGAAUCCACAUUUUAUUGAUGCUUACAUUGGACGGGGAAAUUCCUAUUUGGAAUAUGGUAAUGACAAAGCCACUAAGCAAGCUCAGAAAGACUUAUUAGAGCAUUGCAUUUUUUCCCAGCUCAAACACAAGAGCCAGAAUUUCUUUUGCCUAUUAUUUACAGGCCCCAAGAAAAAUUCCAGAAAGCCCUGGAACCACUUUACUAUUGCCAUAGAAAUAGAUCCAAAAUGCUACAAAGCCUUUGAAGGAAGAGCUGUGGUCUGUCUUCAUGGUGAUUACUUUGCUGCAAUUCAGGAUAUUAACAUUGCCAUAAAGAUCAAUACUCCUGCAGAAUACUUAACAAAUCGUGGUGUGAUUCAUGAGUUUAUGGGUCAACAACAGAAUGCAAUGAAAGACGAUAUCAAGCUGGCAAUUUCUCUAAUACCCCAAUACUCCCUGGCUUACUUUAAUGCAGGAAACAUCUACUUUACAACACAGCAGUUUUCCCAGGCCUGUAAUUACUUCUCAAAAGCAUUACACUUUGAUCCAGAAAAUGAAUGUGCUGCCUUGAAUCGAGCCAUUGUAAACACUCUAUUAAAGAAAUAUAAAGAAGCAAAAGAAGAUUUUGCACAUAUAGCUAAAAUCUGUCCCUUAUGGUCCGCUGUGUAUUUUAAUAGAGCACAUUUGUAUUGUUGUUUAAAGCAAUUUGUAUUAGCAGAAGAAGACUACAAUAAAGCUCUGACUUUGAAGCCAAAUGACCCUAUAAUAUAUCAUCUUAGAGCAGAAGUUCGAGGUAAAUUAGGCCAUAUUAAGGAAGCUAUAGCUGACUACAACAAAGCACUUGAUCUUCGAGAUUAUGCUUUAAGUUAA